CAGACAAUCCGGCCACCACCACCACCUCUUCCUCCAUUUGCGCUCUCCCUUCGUUUUUCUAUCGAGUGGUGGGGUGCAUCGCUUGGAUUUUCUAAAGCCAAUCUCCCACCUAACUGUCUUCUUACCUGGAGUUGCCAUGCAGAUGCAAUUGCUAGUAUUCUACUGCCAUUGUGCCACAUGAUCUGCCUCUCUCUCUCUCUCUCUUUCUCUCUCUUGGAGUUGGAGCCCAAAAGCAUUAAUGGACAUCUUCCUCCUCUUCCUCUGAAUUGUUUCCAUUGUGUUUUGAGUGUGGUGAUCUUGGAAAGAUCCUUUUAUUGAGACUUUCCAGUGGUGUUGUGUAGUGCUUUACUGCUUUGUGGUGGUGUGUAGCUUGCGCCAACCUUGCGUGGAGUAAAGCUUAUGCAUGGGGCUUUAGAGUUUAAGAUAGGAUUCUUGCUCUCCCUUUUCCCAUCCAAGGUGCUGCAUUCAGCUCCGGGCUUUUGGACUUUAGUAAUUACUGCUUGCUACCUCAACUUUCGGCAUCAAGAUCCAAGAAAGAUCAGGACCAAAAGGUCUUGAGCUGCAAUCAUUAGGAUUUGGAUUGUUGGAGAUUCUUCUCUCACAGCCCUUAGUCCUCUCUCCUUACUGUUCUUGCUCUGGCAUUGGAUCAAGAAUUCAAUUCAAGAGUACCCUGUUUCUCGAGGGAACAAGGGAAGAAGGACAAGCUCAGGAAGAAGCAGGUUCUCCUCAAGGAGUAGUUUUGGAGGAAGAGAUUACGGUCAAGGAGGAGCUCUAGAUGCAACAAUCAUAAGCUUUUGUGGGGGAGAAAAGGCAGAUGAAGCUCUGCAUAGGCAGGUUGGGAGGCUUCUUCUGCUUGAAUCAUCUCCUGUGAAGAACAAAAUCUCUUAGUUUCUUUGGAUGGAGAAGGAGGCAAUGGAGGGUCAUGUGAUUGUUCCACUGGAGAACUUGAGCUUGGAGCUCCCCAAUGGAGGAAUCAUGCUCAACCAUGAAAAGGACAUUUCAGCUCUGCAAGUGGAGAUUUCUGAUCUACGAUCAAGGCAGAGACAUCUUGACCACAGAAGGCAAGAGGCACUGGACAAGCUCAUAGACCUGAAAGGAAGUAUCAGGGUGUUCUGCCGGGUCCGACCAUCGAUUUCGACCAACAAAUUCUCGACCAAAUCACCAGUUACAGUCGAAAACGAGAAGAUUGUAGUUCGAUCAGUGGGGAUCAAGAAAGAGUUCAGUGUUGACAGGGUGUUUGAUGAGGAGUCAACGCAAGAGGAUGUUUUCCAAGAAGUGAAGCCAAUUCUCAGAUCUGCACUUGAUGGGCACAAUGUCUGCAUUCUUGCUUAUGGUCAAACUGGGACAGGAAAGACAUAUACAAUGGAAGGAACUAGUGGCAAGCUUGGUAUCGUGCCUAGAGCGAUUAAAGAAUUGUUUUCUCAUGCUUCUCAAGACAGUUCAGCCACGUAUUGUUUCUUCAUAAGCAUGCUUGAGGUCUACAUGGGGACUGUCAAGGACUUGUUGGCUCCAAGGCAACCUCUCUUCAGAUCCUCAGAAUUCAACACGGCAUCAAUUAUCAGCAUACUAUCAACUAAAAGUGGUGCUGUAGAAGUUGAGGGGCUUACAGAUGUUGCAAUACAAGACCUCAAGAAGGCCAACCAGUGGUACUGCAGAGGACGGCGAGCACGGUCGACAUCUUGGACAAAUGUGAACGAUGUUUCGAGCCGAUCACACUGCUUGACAAGAAUUACCAUAAAGAGAAGUGGAGGUGCCACUGAAGAAGUCAGCAAGCUAUGGCUUGUCGAUCUCGGUGGAAGCGAGCGGUUGCUAAAGACCGGUGCAUCCGGGUUGACAAUGGAUGAGGGUAAGGCCAUAAACCUCUCUCUGUCAGCCCUUGGUGAUGUCAUUGCUGCACUUAGGAGAAAGAGAAGCCAUGUUCCUUACAGAAACAGCAAGCUUACCCAGAUUCUAAGUGAUUCUCUUGGUGACGGUUCAAAAGUUCUGAUGGUAGUACACAUCAGCCCUUCUGAUGAUGAUAUUGGUGAAACAGUCUGCUCACUGAGCUUUGCCAAAAGAGCAAGGUCAAUCGAGUCCAGCAAAGAGCUUUCAGAAGACAUAAAGAAGCUUAAGCAGAAACAGAUCGCAGAGCUUGAUAAGGAGAUACACGACGCCGAGCAAGAACUCAAGGAUCUCAAUGAGCAUAUAAGGAAAGCUGAAAUCUCACUUGAAGAGAGGAAGAAGCUCUCAUCAUCUGCCUGUCAGGCUCUCAGCGACGAGAAAGGGUCACCAAGAAGCACACUAGUGGUACUAGGACACAUAGAUUCUGCAGAGAGCCCUCAGGCAACUGAGAAGACAAAGAGCAGGGUGUCUCAUGGUCAUGGAUCAGUUCCUCACUUCAUGUCCUCAACAGUUUGCAGCAGGCAAAGACAUAGUUCAGCAAGCCACUCUGCUACUAAACCAAGGCUGACAAAAUCAGUGAUCAGGUACCCAGCUGAGCUCAGUGGGAGCCAGUCCUUCAGCUACUCAAGUUGCAAGAAUGCAGCCAAGGCUAAGUCAGUGGCAUUCUCAUCUAGUAUGCCUAAGAUGAAAUGUUUGCUAGUUAAAUCUGAUCAAAUAAACAUGAGUACCAACAGCAUUGAUUCGACGGCAGCGUCGGCGCCUCAACGGAGGGAAAGCUUCAGUUCCAGACCAGGUCAGAGAGCUCCUUUGCAUCAGCACAGGAGAAGGAUGUCUAGCCUAACAUAAUCUUACAUAUAUACUGAUUGAACAGUUAUGUUUUUUUAACACCCUGGUUAGUGGUGAAAUGUUUAUUUAUGAAA